UCUCUCUCUCUGCAGGUCUACUCUCCGAUGGCGGGCGGUGGCAUGGGUUCUGGUCUGGGGAUGGGCUCCAUGUCAGGCUACAUGUCGGGCGGCGGGACGUCGGGUUCCUUCAACAUGUCGUACGGAUCUGGUCUGAGCCCAGGGGGGGGAAUGGGACCCGGCCCAGCGGCCAUGACGGGCCUGGGGGGGGGCGGGACCCUGAGCCCCCCCAUGACUUCGGCCCAGCAGGUGAACCUGAACCAUUACGGAGCUGUGAGUCCGGGCCCGGGCCUGUAUGGGGGCGGGGGGGGCGGCAGGAAGGCCUUCCGGCGCAGCUUCCCUCACGCCAAGCCGCCAUACUCCUACAUCUCGCUCAUCACCAUGGCAAUCCAGCAGGCGCCCAGUAAGAUGCUGACACUCAGCGAGAUCUACCAGUGGAUCAUGGACCUGUUCCCCUUCUACCGGCAGAACCAGCAGCGCUGGCAGAACUCCAUCCGCCACUCGCUCUCCUUCAACGACUGCUUCGUCAAGGUCUCUCGCUCGCCAGAUAAACCCGGGAAGGGUUCCUAUUGGACGCUGCACCCGGACUCCGGGAACAUGUUCGAGAACGGCUGCUACCUGCGGCGCCAGAAGAGAUUCAAGUGUGACAGGAAGCCGGGGAAGGAGGGGGAGGCGUCUCCUUCAGAUAAACCAGGGCCCCCGGACCCCCCCUCCUCCAGCCAGGCCCCACCCCCCGGCCUGGAUCUGAAGCUCCUCCCCCCCCACAUGGAUCUGAAGGACCACUACGCCUUCGACCACCCGUUCUCCAUCAGCAACCUGAUGUCCUCGGAGCAGAGCAAGCUGGAGCUGAGGGCCUACGAGGCGCUGCAGUACUCCUACAGCGGGGGGGCCGGGGGCCGGGGGCUCGACUCGCUGGAGCCCAACUACUACCAAGGGGGGGGGUACACCCGCCCACUCAUCAACACCUCAUAGGACUUCCUGUUCGUACUCUUAUUCUGCAUGGACUUCCUGUCUGACUGUGAGCGAAAGAGACUCAAACCACAGAGGGGUCCCCUUCCACACACACAAGCCAAACACAGGGGUCUCCUUCCACAAACAGGGGGCAUAAACAGGGGCCCCCUUCCAAACACAGGGGCCUCCUUCCACAAACAGGGGGCAUAAACAGGGGCCCCCUUCCACACACAUUAUAAUAAUAAUAAUGAAUGUUCCACAUUCAUCAUGACCAUAAACUACGCAGGCAGCUUUCAGACUCAAUCACGUUCUGGUUUGAGGUUUACUGAAGUCCCCUCAGGGGCCUCUAGACACCCUCAGGGGCCUCUAGACACCCUCAGGGGCCUCUAGGCGACCUCAGGGGCCUCAGGGUCUCUAGACAUCCUCAGGGGCCUCUAGGCGACCUCAGGGGCCACGGGGGACCAAACCCUCACGCUGUUGAAGUAAAUGUUACUUAAACAGAUAUUGAUAGGACUAUUCUAAAAUACAACUCCAACUCCCAUCAUGCCUUGCACCUGUCUCAGUUAGAGUUCCUCUGAUUCCUCCGUUUUAUAUCUUUAGACUUCUGAGAGCAAAAGUUGAUCAGCUGUUCCUCUCAUUGUUCACAUUUACACGUACUCUUACUUCGGCUUCGGACGCUUCCUGCUGAUAAAUUCACUUUAAAAUAAAAAUAAAGUUUUCAUGAAAAGUUGAUUAAAAUAAAAAGAACCACCUCAUUUAUAAAUCAUUUAAAGUGUUUCUAGAAACCUGAAGAAAAUUAAUAUUAAAAUAAUAAUAUUUAAUAAAGAAGAAGCCGCCGUUGGAGAAGAUUUCAAAUUAAAAGUCUUAUUGCAGUGAGUAGAUUUCAAACUAAAGGUCACAUUAUUUAUUAUAACUCAGUGUUUUAUCAGGGGCCACUUCUCACGACCUACGACCCCAGGGGGGCCGCGACCCUCAGGGUUCCCCCCCCCCCACACAGCUACUCUGAUCUGUAACGCCUUAAUUACAUUCAUUAUGUUUAUUAUAAUAUUAUUAUAGUAACUUUAAAAAAAGAUUCAGAAUCCUAAAGAAACCCAGAGUUACGUUAAAAUACAGAACUAAAGUUUUAUUUGAAAAAAUAAUAUAAAUAUAAAAGCAAAUGUUAUUGAUUAUUGAUCGAAGAUGUAUAUAAUACAAAUAUUAAAAUAAAUGAUCAGCUUCUUCUGCGGUGCUUUAAAGUGUCAGAACACAAGGCAUGCUGGGAAAGAGUUUUAAGAACAUAAGGCAUGCUGGGAAAGAGUUUUAAGAACAUAAGGCAUGCUGGGAAAGAGUUUUAAGAACAUAAGGCAUGCUGGGAAAGAGUUUUAAGAACAUAAGGCAUGAUGGGAAAGAGUUUUAAGAACACAAGGCAUGCUGGGAAAGAGUUUUAAGAACACAAGGCAUGCUGGGAAAGAGUUUUAAGAACACAAGGCAUGCUGGGAAAGAGUUUUAAGAACAUAAGGCAUGCUGGGAAAGAGUUUUAAGAACACAAGGCAUGUUGGGAAAGAGUUUUAAGAACACAAGGCAUGCUGGGAAAGAGUUUUAAGAACACAAGGCAUGCUGGGAAAGAGUUUUAAGAACACAAGGCAUGCUGGGAAAGAGUUUUAAGAACAUAAAGCAUGCUGGGAAAGAGUUUUAAGAACAUAAGGCAUGCUGGGAAAGAGUUUUAAGAACACAAGGCAUGCUGGGAAAGAGUUUUAAGAACACAAGGCAUGCUGGGAAAGAGUUUUAAGAACACAAGGCAUGCUGGGAAAGAGUUUUAAGAACACAAGGCAUGCUGGGAAAGAGUUUUAAAUGUAAACACUUCACAGAAACAAGAAUACUGUUUAAACAUUAAAACAGUAUUAAUGUUAUUAUUAUUGUUAUUAUGAUGGUGAUGAUGAUGAUGAUGAUGAUGGUGAUGAGGGUGAUGAUGAUGAGGGUGGUGAUGAUGAUGAUGAUGAUGAUGAUGAUGAUGAUGA